AUGAAGCAGGCUAAAAUCACAAAGAAGAAUUUUUUCCGAAAAUAUUUCUGGGAAGGUCAGCAUUUGGACGAAAGCUCUGUUCAGCAGGAGUUACCAGAUGACGCCGAUUUUUUGGAUGUCAUCCUGAUUAAGUACAGGAAAUACGUAGCCGUUCUAAUUCCUCUAGUAGUAAUGCAGGCGUUUUGGUGGUUAACCGCUAUCCGUUAUUCAUGGCUAUCACUCUAUCGUACUCAUUGGGAACUUCCUGCAAUCAUGUUACUUGGAUCGACUGUAGCUGGGAUGACGUCGGAAGGCGGUGGAGCUGUUGCGUUUCCUGUAAUGACACUCGGGCUGAAGCUUGCUCCAAGCACAGCCAGAGAUUUCUCGUUGAUCGUCCAAGCAAUAGGUGAGUACGGGCCUUGGACAUAG